CUUGCACGCACGCGACCAAAAUGCUUCGACAGCUGUCAAAAUUAGUUCCCGGGCUUGCACCGCUACCUCCUGUUAGCAUCGGAAAAUUACCGGUUUCCCGCAGUUUAGUGCAAACAACGCGUCCCAUAAGCAAAUCUAGCCUUCCAAAUCUAAACGGCCAUCUCACGAUAAUCUCAAGAAUGUCCACCGAUGCCCAGGAAACGAAACGCUUCAAGGAGGACUACGGAACCCGUCAGCUGACGAUCGGCACGCACGACGGCAUAUUUCACUGUGACGAAGUGCUGGCCUGUUUUAUGCUCCAACAACUGCCCAAGUACGCGAAUGCCACCGUCACCAGGACCAGGAACGGAACGCUACUCGAACAGUGCGACAUCGUGGUGGACGUUGGAGCGGUGUUCGAUCGUGAGAACAAUCGGUUCGAUCACCAUCAGGCAAGUUUCAACGAUACGCUCAAUUCGCUGCGACCGGAAAUCAAAGUCAAACGGGAAAUUCGAUUGAGUUCAGCUGGUUUGAUUUACACCUACUUCGGAGAAGAUGUAAUCCGCCAGAUCCUGAAGGCGAACGGAAUCGAAAAUGCCAACGACGAAAUGGUCCGGGGAGUGUACCGUAAACUGUACGACACACUGAUAGCGGAAAUCGAUGCCAUCGAUAACGGCGUGCCGAUGUUCGAUGGGGAGCCUAAGUACACCAUCAACACGCACCUGAGUGCCCGCGUGAGUCACUUCAAUCCGGCCUGGAACGAAGAUUCUGGAGACGAGACGGAUGCCAUGAAACGAUUCGAAAAGGCCAAGGACUAUGUUGGACAGGAGUUCAUCGACAAGGUUCUGUACUACGCCUUGAGAUGGUGGCCGGCGCGGGAGUUAGUCGAGAAUGCUGUUAAGAAACGAAUGGAAGUGCACGCUUCCGGCGAAAUUUUGGAAUUGGAGCAUUUCUGUCCGUGGAAGGAGCACUUGUACGAGCUGGAAGAACAGUACGUCGUCGUCGGGGUUCCCAAGUACGUGAUAUACUUCAACAAGGAGAAUGACUGGCGCGUGAUUUGCGUACCACUGCAACCUGCCAGCUUCGUGUGCAGGAAAUUCUUGGCUGCUCCGUGGCGUGGAGUGCGUGACAAGGAGCUGGAGACAGUGUCAGGAAUAGAAGGAGCCUCAUUCUGCCAUCAAACGGGAUUUAUCGGUGGCAACAAAACGAGAGAAGGUGCUUUGCGGAUGGCUGUGGAAAGUUUACAAGCUCAGGAGUGAAGCUUCCACAGGUUCACAGAAUUGUAGAUUACAUCUUUUUCUGAAUAAACAAUCUGGCAUUUCAAA